CACCGGGGCCGGGGCCGCGAGAGGCUGAGGCGGCGCCGGCAGCAGCGAUGGCGGCGGCGGCGGCGGCGCUGGGCGGGCUCGGCCUCCUCCGCGCCCGGCUCAGGCUCGCAGCCGCAGCCGCCGCGACCUCCGCCGCCCUCGGCCCAAGCGGCCACCGCGCGCCUUCGCUGCGGGGAGGCGUCACCGCCGCCGCUCUCCCCUCGGCCAGGAGGAGCUACGGCUCCCAGGCGAAGGAAGAGGAGGAGCUGCGCGUCCGGUACCUGGAUGAUGAGCACAAAGGAAUUGUGGUGCUUGGAUUAAACAGAUCUCAUGCCAAGAAUGCACUUAGCAAAAAUCUUGUAAAAAUGAUGUCAAAAGCUGUGGAUGCUUUGAAAUCUGAUAAGAAAGUACGAACUGUUGUAUUCCGGAGUGAAGUCCCGGGGAUAUUCUGUGCUGGUGCUGACCUUAAGGAAAGGGCAAAAAUGCACUCAAGUGAAGUUAGUUCUUUUGUCUCCAGAGCAAGAGCGACUAUUAAUGAAUUGGCUAAUCUGCCUGUACCUACUAUUGCUGCAAUAGAUGGAACUGCCUUAGGUGGUGGCCUAGAGCUUGCGUUAGCCUGUGAUAUACGGGUGGCAGCAUCUUCUGCUAAAAUGGGCUUAGUUGAAACAAAGUUGGCGAUCAUUCCAGGUGCAGAUGUUACUGGAGGCGAAGGAUUGGGAGUGGGGCUCUGGUGGACCAGCUGGAGUGUAUAAAUGGGGGCUAGUAUAGACGCAACAAUACUUGGCAUCGCAGACGGUCGCUUGUGGCAGUGGGUUACUCUGCAGAGCAAAAUAGCUGUUAGCCCUUUUCUACCUCACAUCAGCCAGAGCCCUGGAGAGACAAGCUUGAUGCUGCCAGCGAGGGAGAAGAGUUCAAUGGUCAGAAAACAGUUCUUACUGUGCAGUCACACAGCUAGAUAACAAUUCCUAGCAAUGCUGCUGGUAUCUUCAAAUUUUCUGUUUCUGCUGUGGAGAAGCAUCAAGCUAGCUCUAUAGGGAUCCCCCCUACACCCUGCCAUGAGCAUCCUAGCCCUGAGUCUUUUACCUUACUUUAGAUCUGACUAUUUCUCCUGUUCCUCAUUUACCAUUCCCUACGGUACAAGCUGCACAGCAUCCUGGCCCUUAAUCCACCAUCUUUAAAAAUUAAAUUUUGCCUAUAGCAGUAAGAUGGCUCUGAUUAAAGUAUCAGGCAUCAUCACUGCAAGGAGUAAGCCCUGCUCUUGGGGACAAGCUUUUCUAGACUUGUACAAAACUGAUCUUUGGGCACAGAUUAAAGCUUAAUAAUGAAAAAGGGUUUUGUAGGAUUUUUUUUGUUUGUUUGUUUCUUUGGUUUGUUUUUGUUGUGAGAUGGUUGGUGGUUUUGAGGGAUUUUGAGGUGUAAUUCAAUACAGCUGAUCUUCUGAGUUAGGGUACUUCUUGUGAUAUUUGAGAUACUAAAUUUCUGAUGGAACAUACAGCAGAGCAUAGUGCUGAUCUGCUAUCACUGCCAUUGCAAACAUGGAAAGAGUGGCCAUUUUUUUGGUCUGAGGUUUCAUAAUCAGUAAUGGGCUUUUUCUGGAGUUUUGCAUUUGGAUGAAACUUGUGGCCUGAACUUCCAUGGGUGAGCAGUGAUAGUUGAGAACAUGACCAUCCUCCAUAUUGCCUUGGAAAGGUGGUGUAAAUGAACAGCUAUUUUUAUUUCUAAUCUGAUUUUCUCUAAGUCUGCUGAAAUGUCUUAAUGGCAUUUAAGGACAGAAAAACACUAGAGGUAUUUUUAAACAAUGACUUUUAUUUUAAAAUGGCGUAUCUUUUAAAAUUCCAACUUUAUACGGUGUACCUGAACUCUGUUGAGGGGCUAAACAUCUUGUUGUUAUAUCCAUUGAAGUAUUAUCCUACAUGGCUGUAGUGCUGGAAGAGAAUUUAUGAAAUCCAAUUAGAAGGGUAGUUGUUUUUCUGUAAUUUAAUAGGAAAUUAAUUUUUUAAAUUUAAAAAAUGGCAGAAUGGGGCAAAAAUUAGCAGCUUUCUCAGUGACUCCUGCUAAAGCCGGUAUUUUCACUGGAGACCUGUAUGAAGGGCAGUAGCUACUGCAUACUCUGUUUUCUGAUAUUUAUCUUACCAGAAUGCUAACUAUAUGAUUUCCUUGCAUGGAAAGAAGAAAGGUCUGGCUGCUUUGCAUAAUAUCAGUAUUUUAGUGUAUGGAAUGCUUGCAAAUUUUGAUGACUUGGUCUAAUGCAUCUUUUGAUGUCUCCUUUGUUUUCAGAUUCUUUCAAGUGUCAGUAAAUUAAGCUGUUCUCUAUUCCCUGCAUCUUCUGACUGCUCCCCAAAGCCUUUGUAAUAAAAAAGAGUAAAGACAAAGUAAACUGUUAGUGAUUCAUUUUCUAGUGUGAUAAAACAUAAAACAAAAACCAGAGAUGAACAAUGUGAAAGAACAUUCUGAUCUAGUAAAUCACAUAGAUGCAGGACAUACUUCUUUUAUAUGCUCGGUAGAUCAAAUGAAAAUUAUUUGGAUACAUCUUCCUGUGUUUGAGACCUGUGUUUUUCUUAAAAACAUACUAUUGAAUUUUUUUCGGUUGUAUUAAUUUUUAAAUGACUUUUAGGAAAAUUCUUUUGGUAGUUUAUAAUGUUCAUAUACUAUUACAUUAUUAAUACAUAGUGUGGUCAAGAUUCACAUGAUUAUUUUUUGGGGGGAGGGGUUGUUUAUUUUUUUUAUGUUUCAUCAAGAAAUAGAGAAAUAUGUUAAUGUUUGGUGACUUUCUAAACUCACAGUUAUUUUGGCACGUUGAAACUGGCAUUUUUGAAAAAAAUCCCUCAGCCUGAAUGACUAGUUCACCUGUAUUGUAAGAUACAUAAAAUAGAACAUUUUUAUAAUCUAAACAUAUGUAUGAAUGUUGUUCUUGAAAAUAUCAGUAUGCUAAGGGUUUGGUGGCUUUUUUGUCAUUACUGUGACAGAAGUUUUCAUUUUGUUGAGCUUGGCAUCUGCUUUAUUGACUGUUUCAAAUGUGUUUCUAUGAGACUUUUGCUAAAUGUCUGCAUUUACCAAGAACAUAAGCUAAAUGCAGUUUUCCUCUUCUGUCAUGAGGUCACUUUUUUCACAUUUUUUUACUGGGGAAAGUUCUUUCGAAAAUCUCUCUCUUAACUGUUUUCUUGUAAAGAGUCAGCAGGUGAUACUUCUCCCAGCAGAGCUGGCAUAAAAGUAUGUCUUGCAGAAAGCAGAUGAAUUAGAACCAAUUAAAAAUAGUGGAAGUUUUCAUAGGUUGGAACAUUUUAUGUGUUGAAUUUUCACUGUACACUAUAAGACUUUAUUGUAGUAAAUCUGCCUUCAAAAUCAUCAAGCCAUUCUCAGGAGCAUUGCAUCUAAAAUUUCAGUGGAUUCCUUCUAAACAUGCCUUCUAAACAAAAAGGAAAAAUUUAAGGAAAAAUUAAAACAUCUCCUAAGUCACUUCUUCUAGCCUAUAUGAAUUAGUGAGAUGCUAGGUGGGUAUUAGCAGAAUUAGAAGAAAAAAAAUUCUGGUAAAUUCAUCUUAGAUGACAGACUUCCCCACCAUUUUUCUGUAGUGGAAGUCUGUCUCAGUGUAGCAGUAAACAUGGGAGAAAUAGUCCUCUUAGAAAAGAUCAGUGAAGGGUACCUACUUUGAUUGGAAAGCUGAUAUUUUCUAUAUCGUUUCCUGUGGAUGAAUAUUAGCAUGCUACCAUGCCUGUAGUCAAACAUAGGCAAGACAAAGUUAAAGCUUCUUUACAUGUACCCUGCUACCUGGUUAGACAAGUAUCAGUUCAGACAUCCAGUAACUGGUUAAUCCUAAUUGUCAGGACAAUUGAGAUUGAAAGGCACACAGCAGCAGUAGGACCUAAGUGUUUCUGAGUUUUCAUGCCUUGAAAUAGAAGCCACCCUUUCCCUUCAGGCAGUUCCUAAAAGGCUGUUCUCACCAGCAGGAAAUAGCAUGUGGGGCUCAGUCCCCAAAAAUGGUGUCCCUGUGCCUUGGAGUGUCUUGUUGGGCCUCUGGUUUCUUCUGUGAUCUUGCUGUCAGUACAGGAGCUUACAGAUACUGUGACCUCCAAAAGCACAUUUCAGACUUAGGUAUAUUAAGUGGAAUCCCAGGCAUAAUCUCAGUGAUACAAGGCUUCAAGCACAGAAGGCUUUAAGGGGAGUUUCUUGUAAAAUAUAGAAUGUAAGAGCAAAUUGGUUUUAUGUUCUUUCAAAUGGAUGUGUCUGGGUUUAAUUACUUUCUAUAUUUAAAAGGGACAGGCAGUAUUCAAUUUUGUGUGUAUUGCUCUGAUAAACUCCUGCAGGUACAGAAGUAUACCAUAGGUCUGCACAUAGCUAUUAUAAAUAUGGCAAAUAAAAUCCGAGAGGAAAAAGUGUGCUUCAGAAUAAAUAUUUAAUAAGUGUAUGUUGUGUGGCUGUAGCUAUUUAUUUCCUUUUAAUUUUGGUAUAUAAAAACUCAUAUAAAAUAUUGUAACAACUCUUUUAUAAGUAAUAAGCCAUAAAAAUAGAGUAAAUGUUCAUAUUUUUAUUAUUUUGUUUUCCAUUUCAGUCUUCAUUUUAUAUAAAAUUUAAAAAAGGUCAGAAAGAAAAGAGUUGAUACAGAAUUGACUGCUUCCAAUAUGGAAGAGAAAUGUGAUUGUUUGAAGACCAAAUGCUCUCUGCUAUGAAAAUUCUGUCUGAAGAUUAGCUGGUAGCUACUGAUCUUUUAUUGAAAUUCCUAAGUGUGAUGCUAGGUUCGUGUACUAAUUGCUGUAAGUUUGAGCAAGGCAAUAUGCAGCAUGUACUUUAAAGUUUUUUUACCUGAGGAAAUUAAUAGACAGUUUUAACCCAGUUAUAUUGGGCUAUCACUUCCUACAGGACUGAACCCAUAGCAGUGAAAGAAUUCUUACUGCUUCUCUAAGAUUAGAGGCAGAAAUGAGUGUCUGAAUUUUGAUAGUUAAGUUGCUCAAAAGGAAGUUAUGCCUAGCCAGCUUUAUAGCUAUGACAGAUGAUCAAAAUUCUUCAUGCUGAACACUUUAAAAGUGCCAGUUUUCUGGAUAUCCAUCUCUUCAACAGAAUAGGAGGUCACCUAGAGCAUAAUACUGUUGCCAUUAAAAAGCUUCUUCUUUUCUUUAGUCUUGAAGUGAGAAAUACAGAGGAAGAAAGAAACUGGGAGUACAAAAAUAAUAGUACAUGCAGCAUAGGAAGCAGCUAUUGUUGUCCUUACUCAUUGUUCAUAUGGAAAAAAUAAGCCUCUGAGAAUUAAGGAUUUAAGGUAGUCUUGGAAAUGUCAAAGUUCCAAAUAGGGAAAGAGGCUGAUAUGUUUUCAGUUCUUCUGAAAACAUAUCAGCCUCUGUUGCUUCUCCAUUUUAAAAGGGGUUAAACUCCAAGUAAAUUGUUUCCAUGUUCUAUAAAAUAGGUGGAGUAUGAAAUGUAAAUACAGAUUGUAUUGUAGCUACAGAUUGUCUGAUACUCUUGAAUUCCCUGCAAUACAUAUGUAAUGUCUCUAGACAACGCCUUUUUUCCAGGUCAGAGAGGUAUACUCUACUCUGUUCUUUACUAAAAGUUUAUCUUAACAAUACCUUUUUUUUAUUUUUAAAAACUGAAUUAAUUUGGUUGAAUAUUUACAAAGGCAUAUGCUUUUCUAUUCCUAGAGAAGAAUUGAUUAUUCAUAAUGAAACCAAUGAUAGUGACAAAAUUUCUCAAUUGUUUCCUUUUGAAAAAACACACUCAAACUCCCCUGAAAUAAAAGCCCUCCAAACCCCCAGUGUUCAUUUCUCUAGAAAAAGAAGUGUUUAUUUUUAAAAAAAAGGACAAAAAAAAAUCAGUGAAAGUUAAGUUUUGCAUUUCUUGUUCUGUUGGGUCAAAUAAAAUAAUAGUUAGACUAGUAUGUUUUUCAUGUGCCAUAUAUUUUAGCAGAUUUAUGUAGAUGUCUGUUAGCUUAUCCUGUCAUCCAAGAGCUAGCUACUGCAUUAGAAAAAAUAGAUCUUCAGAAUUCCUUUAUCUGGACAUGGUCCUGAACCUUUUCUAGGUGACCUUUCAUGAAUAUUGGACAAGGUGAUCACCAAAGAUUCCUUCCAACUUUGCAUUCAGUGAUUCUGUGAUUUUAGCAGUUUUAAUGAAGCAUCAAAACACAGUGAAAUACAUGUUCUUCCAGGUUUUGAUUUUUUUUUAUUUCUCAGAAUCAACAUCUUUCCUUCUCAGCACAACAUAAAGUAACAUGUUAAAUAUGUAUGUGAAUCUAAAUCUGGUUGGUUUUUUUUUCCCCUUUCCCCUGCUCCUUGCAUAGAAAAGGGAAGUAGUGCUUCACAGUGAUGAAGUAUGAUGUAUCAAUGGAAGAAUCACUGAAUUUCCUGAAAACAUUGUUAAAAGAACAAAAUAUUAUUGCAGUCUCAUGCUGUUUUUCUGAUUUGUUAUUUUUUUCAUUCUCAUGUUUCCUGAUGUAAUAGAACUUCAUAUUAUCACUUCUGACAAAACUCCUAGUCCAAAGGUUUCAUUACAUGUAUGAUUCAUACUUUAGACUUUAAAAGAAAGGAAUUUUAGUCUUUGAAAUGAGUAUUUUGUGAUUUUUAUGUUCUUUCUUCUGACUCUGUGUGGUGUGGACAAUAAACUCACUUUCAUGCUCUUCUGAUAAUUGUAAUAGGCUUGAUGCAGAUCUUUAGUGUACUCCUAUGUAAUCAAGGAUAAAGUAGGUAAGAUGAGUGCAGUUACUGAGUUGCUGCCAAAGGGAAUUUGGCUUAAGCUGUCACAUCAGGAAGUCAGCUUGAGUAAGAGGAAGGAAAAUGAAGUUAUCCUUACAAAUGAAUGCAGAGUAUUGAAAUAAUAGUACUGCCACAGCUAAGGUUGGGAUGAAUUUUACUGUUUAGCUGAAGAUCUUUUCCUGCUCUAAAAGUAAAAUAUGUUUUGAGAUCAUCUUAAAAAUGUCUGUAUCUUACUGAAAAUGUGAUUGUUGUGAACAGUCACAUUUAAGGAAAAAGAGAUCCACAAGGUCCAAUAAUUCUUGACCCAGAGGGUAGCAGGACAGAAGAUAUAAAAAGAAAUGGGGAGAUACCCUGGUACAGCACCUUAUCCAAUUCUGAUUUGAGUGUCUAUGAGGAUAUAGAUGUGAGGAUCAGAUUUUAUUAGUUAAUGUCAAAAUGUACCAUCAGACUGUAGAGAGACUGCUCAGAAGGACUCUGAGACUGGUGGUCUAUUUCUAGAGUAAUAGGUCUUUUUAUGUGGCUGAAGAAGUGUUAUCUGAACUUAACAUUACUUUAUUCUAGCAUGUCUGACAUUACUGACUGAGUUGCCUUAGGGUGUUUGUUCUGGGUUUUGCUGAGUCUCGUUGGGUUGGUUGUUCUAGGAUUUGUUUCUAAGUAGGACCAAACACCAAGUAGGAAUCUUUCUUGUAGCAUAUGUCUAGUGCCUCUGCAGAUGUAUGGAAUGAUCUUAACUAAAAGGUUAUCUUUUGAAAAUAAUAUGGAGAUAAUUGCUUUGUUUUGACAUUCAGGAGAAAAAUGAGAGGGUUUUUUUGUUUGUUUUAUUUGUUUGUUCUUAUCAGUUUCUGGCUGUUGCAGUUUUCAUCAUUCUCUGAAGUAGCCAUUGGUAGAGGUAAGGUUCUGCAUUGCCUUAAGAAUUGUGACUGAAAUCCAUCAAGAAUGCCAAAGUAAACAGAUAUGAAAAAACCCACAACUAAUCCAAGUGUCAAAUUUUCCUUGCUUAAAGGAAUAAUCUCUUAUUUAUAUGUACAUAGUCUAAUUCUGUCAGGGACAGUGUUACUGUGAGGCAUUUACAUAAACAAAUCAAUAAGCACUUAGCUUAGGGGAAGUGCAUUUUCAAAAUCAUAGAUCCAUCAUUUCUCUGUGUGAUGAUGUAGAUUUUUUUGUUACUGAGAGAAAUGAAUACUUAAUAGUAUAAUGAAUAUUUCUGUUAUUCCUGUAACAUUAUUAUCAGAUCGCAGGUUUCUGAAAGGAUGUGUGUAGAUAAUAUUUUAGAGUUAAUCUUUUGUGCACAGCUGAAUAGAUAGUAAGGUUACACUAAUGACACAUUUUUAGUCGACUAGCUAAUAGUGCUGUAAGCACAGACCAAGUGUGGAGUUUGUUUGGCUGUCUCUACAUGACCAAACAUGACUUUUGACAUUUACUGAGACAGGUCUGGCAGUUUCCACAGCUGUAUACAUGGUCUUUACUGUCUCUUUCCUCUUCAAAAUAGUGAUGUCCACUAAAAUGGAAGUAAUUUCUGGGGAAAAGUUGAGGUGAUUUUGAUUUUUCUUCCUAGUACUUCCUUUUUGUAUAGAGAUUUAAGAAGGUAAACAUAUCUUUGAAGAAUUUAAGCUAUGACAGGUCAGCUUUAACAAAGUAUAAUGACAUAGUUACUUUGUUCUAAAUAACUGCAGUUAUGAAAAAUGUUUUAUCUUUAAAUAACUUGAAUUUUUUUUUUUUUGCAUAAAAAAUGUUACUGAUUCAUUUUUGAUCUUCAGAUAUGUAUGAAGUAAAGUAUGAGUAGGAAUUUUUUGACUAUUCUUGGAAAUGUGAAAUAACUCCAGACUAACCUGCACUGCCACAGAAUUGGAAUACUGGAACAUGAACUGUUCAUGGUGUAGCUUAUUGAUUUUUGAAUAUCUGAUUAAAGUAAAUUACAUCAGUCACUGAGAUGGCAAUAUAGAAAUAUGGAAAUGAUAUAAUAGUUGUAGUCAUUUCCACAAUGAAAAAGUUGGCUUUAAGAAUGUGUGUGGGAGGAAAUUUUUUCCCAAGAAUUAACUACAUUUGAAUAUCAUUUCAUCUAAACAGAACACACCACCAUAUGACUGAUAUUUUCAUUUCCAUUGACAUUCUUUUUGAGAUGUUGCUUUUUAUUCGUCUCUUAAGUAUUGGCUGGCUAACUUUUUGUUUCUCUACACCAAAAAAAAAAAAAAAAAAACAAACCCAACUUUAUUCUGAUGUUCAUAGCAUCAUAAUGAUGAAUCAAAUAUUUUAGCAGUUGUUUGUUAGUUAUUUCCAUGGUCAGUCUGGCAGUUUUCUAUGUCAUCUUUCACUGUGAUUUACCAAGUUCUUUUACUGGUUGGUAAAAAGGGCUGAUUUGCACGUUUCUUAGUCUCAUAAUCAAGUAUGUGUCUGAUUAAGUCAAAAUCUUAAAAUUGACCAAUUCUAAACACAAUCAGAAUUAAGAAAGGUAUUUAUUUCUACAAAAUUAUUUUCUUAAGAUGUUAGGAAGAUUUAAAAAAAAAUACUUAUUUGUUGUCUUGUAGACCCCCAAAGACUUAGACUAAGUUACAAACCUGUCUGCCUUGACUGAUUGCUAAAUCAGUCUUUUACAAUGUGUAAUUAAGGAAAAUCCACAUUGAUUCAAUGAUGCACCAUACUCCUUUUUGUGUCUUUCUGGGGAAGAAAUAUGAUAUUGAAUAUGAAACUGGGUGAAAUCUGGCUUCAUACAGUAGGUAAUGUUUUUUUACUGCAAAGGCUAUUGCAUAAUGCCUUGCCAUCAUACCUGAUGGUUUUAAUAGUGCAGAAGUAGAAAGUGGCAAAUGAAAUAGUUCAUCAGUUUGAAAAUCCUACAGCUUGAAGAAAAUGGAGAAGCUUGCUAAAAAUCAUCUACUUAUUUAAUAAUUCUAGCUCCAGUUUAUACUUACAACAUUAAAAAAUAUAUACUCUUAGUCUUCAGUGUACUUUUGGUCUUCUACAUCCAUUCUGCUUAGAAACCAGACAUCUGAAGCAUCAUUUAAACUUCUCAAUAAAACUUUGGAGGUAAGAUAAACAAGAAUAUAUAUAUAUAUCUCUACUAUAAAGUCCAUACUGUUUAUUUGUAGUUGGUAUCACUGACAUUGCCUUGUGAUGCUAGGCAAAUACAAAUGAUUCCAAGUAAUUAGAGUGGAGUUUCACACAACUGAGGACUCUAUAAUUUACCUGGAACUGGGGUUCCAAUGAACUAUUUCACCAAACUUAAAAUUGUAGAAGCUGAUACCAUAGUUGUUGUAUUUUUGUGAGUCUAAUUAAAUGUAGAUUUACAAGAUAACUUAGUAAAGAAGAUAUAUAUAUAUAUACAUAAUAUUACACUAUAUCUAAGUAAUUUUAGUUGUUUACUACUGAAGUUUACUCUAAUUUCAAGUGUUUCCUGUCUUAGGGUCAUGCCAUAGGAUGCCUAGCUCAUUUUACAGACUACUGCUUAUUGUACUUGCUCUUUUAAAUUACUUUAAGUAGAGGUGAUGAAAAGUAGUUCAGUGAAUGCUUCAAUACAGAAUAAUUUAGGUUGGAAAAGAUUUUAAGAUCAAGCCUAGUGGUUAUUUACUAUUGAAUGACUUAUUGUAGUAAAGACAUAUAAAAGUGAUAUGUGCAGAAAAGAAAGUAUAGUAUAUUUUGAUUUAGUUAGAAAUAGGAUUCACUUUGAAGGACAGAGUGUAUAAAAAAUCUUUUUUUUUUUUACUAUGUGGAAGUUUAAAUUUGUAAUGCCUCUGAAUAAAGUUAUGUCUUGCUAUUCCUUUGCACUUAGUAUUCUGCAACAGCUCAUGUAAUAUUCUAAAUGUGAAAAAAGGAUGCUGUUGAAAGGAUUGGUACUAUAUCCAAAACAUUUUUAUUAAUUGUAAAUGUAAUAAUUAACAGUAAAAUAAUUUCUGUUUUCAUCUUGUGCAGAGUGUUGUAUACCCAUGCAUGCAUCCAUGCACUCAUGCUUUUAGUUGAAUGUAGCUAGUUAAUUCACUAGCUACAAUUUUCUUUUUCUUUCUUAACUUCUAUUUUUGUCAAUGAAUUUAACAUAAUUCCAGCUUGUUUUUUUUUUUUGUUUGUUUGUUUUAUAAACAGUUUGUGAAACUAUCUUGAAAAAUCUAAAUGACAAUGACUCCAAAAUUCUUAUUAAGUGCUUUGGGAAAAGAGUAAGCUACUAAGGUAUCUGUUUGCUAGGAAAGAAAACUGAUUUAGGCAGCAGAGCCUUGUAGUGACCAUUAUCAACUUCUAUUGACAAUGAAGAAGUAUAAAUAAUGGCUUUGUUCAUUUCUUGACAAUUAAACAUUCAAAAAGAUUGGAAAAGGGUCUGAUUUUGACUAGUGCUGUGUGAUAUUUAUACUUCUUUAAAAGUUUACCUGUGAAAAUUCCAAACAUAAAAUAGGUGCAAAAGUGAUACUGGUGUUCACUAAACAUUUGUUUUUUUCUUUUUGUCUACAUUUUUAGACUACUAAUCAUAGUAGAAAUAUUUGCUUUCAUUGCAUGCAGGAUAUUAGUAGUGGUAUUUCCGUUAUUAUGACGUGCAGCUUGUUUGUUUUCCUUUGAGCUAUAAUAAAUGUGAUCACUGAUCACAUUUAUUACUGAUCACUGUAAGACAAUGAUGUUACAUUUUUGUACCAGCUUCAGGAUUGAGACAUUUUAUUCAAUGGUUUUAUAAGGGGGAGAACAAUUGCCUGGUCUGACUAGGCACCUGCAGUUACCUUACAGCUGUUACCACACUUGAAAGAUAAAAUAGGAAUUUUUGAACACCAUCAAGGGAGAAGCUCAAAGGGAUUUUUAGUAAUCUCAUAAACAACAGAAAAAUUUUUCUCAUAUUUAUGAAGACCUUCUAGAUGAGACCUUGUAUAUUGAACUGGAGGAGCUGAAAAACUUCUGUAAAACUUGUGAACAGUGAAACAUUGUCAGUGAUGUGUCCAUCAGUAAAACACAGCCAAGGUGACUGUGUCACCCAAAGAAGCUGUUACUACAAUCCCAGUUUCUUUUUAUUUUCACAUUCAAAAAAAUAAAACAAAAAAGUCUUUUUAUGACUGGCAGAAUGAGAAGUGAUAAAGUGUUUAGAUUUUACUAAAUACCUUUUGUGUUAGUGCACUUCUUGACCCUAGCAAACAUCUCUAUAUCAAGCCUUCUGCACAGUUAAGGCUUUGUAUCAUACUUUAAUCCUUUUAUGGAAGAGUUAACGUGGCAUCGUUUCUCAGAAGUUUAGAAAACGUCUAUUAUAUGAAUCACUUUGUCUCGGUGGAAUAAAAGCUCAUUGAACUGUGAUCCACAGCAGUCUCUUGUUUUAUAGUCACAUGAAUCAGUGUUUGGAUAUUAUAUUAUUCAUACCAUGAAGCCAGUGCAGUAGAAUUAGGCUGUUGUGUUACAUGUUGGAAAAAUAUUGCGUAUUUGUACCUGGACAGUUGUUCUGCAAUGAUGUAAUGGCAGCAGUCUGUUAAUUUGCAAUCUAUUUUAAAGCUCAUUGAACCACUUUGAUUUUUAAAAUGAUUAU